GCUGGCACUUAUUUCUCAUCUUGAUUCUGAAAGGUGCUCUGUAUCUGCUUUCUGUGGUCGGGCCGGAUCGAGUGUUCGUGAACCCUUUCGCCGAUUUCCUCCAAACAUUUCUUCCUACUCCAAAGCAACCAACCAGCGAGAGCUAGUUUCGAGAAGAGAAGAGCCGCGAACGGUGCACGGAAAAUGUCCUCGAUGAUAACGGCCACCGCAUGGGUGCGCCGUGGGAUCGCAGCCCAAUUUCCUGAAAAAUACGAACUGGACGAAGAUGAGAUUAAUAGAAUAUCGGAACUUGCAAGAGUUCAGCUUGAAGAUGCAAAAAUAGAUCUGAAAGCGGCGCGAGAAGGGAAUGGAGGUGAAGAGAUGGACAUGGAUGAAGGAGAACACGAAGCUGGAAGCUCCUCAAAGGUAGAGGGCAAAGGAAAAGGCAAAGAAGCCACCAAAGGCAAUGAGAAUGGAAAUGCCGAUGACGACGAUGAUUUGAAAGAGUACGACAUGGAACAUUACGACAGUGAUGUUGUCGAUGAGGACGGCGAGCAGGUCACAAUGUUCGGGAACGUUAAAUCUCUCGCCUAUCACCAACCCCACGAGCAAGAUCCGUACCUCGUGGUACCAGAAGGCGAGGAUGAGGACAAUGAAAGGGAAGAACUACAGAUCUUGCCAUCCGACAACCUAAUACUGGCCGGUAAGGUUGAAGACGAAGUCGCCCAUCUGGAAGUAUACGUGUAUGAGGAUGCGGAGGACAACCUCUACGUGCACCAUGAUAUUAUGCUUCCAGCCAUACCACUGUGUGUGGAAUGGCUGGACAUGCCUGUUGGAAGGGGAUCAGAAAACCGCUCGCACGGAAACUUUGUGGCGGUUGGUACCAUGGAGCCUGACAUCGAGAUCUGGGAUCUCGACCUGGUGGACUGUAUGUAUCCAAAUGCCAUCCUGGGGCAAGGAAGUGAAGAGGAAAGCACCGAUGCAAUAUCGAAGAAGAAAAAGAAGAAGUCGAAAAAGGCCAACGAUGGUUACCACGUAGAUUCCGUUUUGGCUCUUGCGGCAAACAGACAGCAUCGCAACCUGUUGGCUUCGGGAUCAGCGGAUCAGACCGUUAAACUAUGGGAUCUGAAUACGCUUAAAUGCGCUAAAUCAUACGCGAAUCACAAAGACAAGAUCUGCUCGUUGGACUGGCACCCGAAGGAGUCUACCAUCCUCCUCAGUGGGAGCUACGAUAAGACUGUCGUUGCAGCCGAUAUGAGAGCGCCAGAAGCGAAAACAGCGCGCUUCCACGUUGACAGUGACGUCGAAAACGUGCGGUGGGAUCCUCAUGACCCGAAUUUUUUCUACGUUACGACAGACAACGGCAUCGUUUACUGCCACGACAUCCGCAAUGCGUCCGCUAAGCCCGAGUCGAUAAGGCCGCUGUGGACGCUCCAGGCACACGAUUCCUCCGUAUCAGCGUUCGACGUCAAUCCCUGCAUCCCGGGCUUCAUUGCCACCGGGUCCACGGACAAACAGGUUAAGCUCUGGAACAUACAGGAUAACAAACCAAGCAUGGUGGUGUCGAGAAAGUUGGAAGUGGGAAAGGUCUUUGCUACUUCCUUCGCUCCAGACAAUGAAGUUAGCUUCCGCCUUGCUGUCGCCGGAAGCAAAGGCGUGGUACAAGUUUGGGACACGUCGACCAACGCCGCAGUUCGCCGAGCCUUUGCAGGUCGACUCGGCGCUUCCGUGCAGUUCAACGAAGCGAAGGAGGAACGGUUGGUGGGCGUUGCACAAGACGACAGCGACGACUCUGAUGAUGACGAGGAAAUGAAUGCAGAUGGGCAAGAGGGAGCAGGACGAGAUGGCUGGGAAUCUAUGGAUGAAGACUAG